GAACCCAAAUUGAAUGCUCGGCAAAAGAAAACAGUUGUAUUCUGUAAAUGUGCUUUUCAAGCGUAAAAAGCACAAAACAAGACAUUUGAAUCGGGCCCAACACAACUGAACAGAACGAUUUAACAGCACACAAAGGGAGAGAGACUGCUGGAGCAAGGCAUCAUGGAUCAGGACUAUGAGUGCAGGCUGCUCAGACAGAUUAAUAUCCAAAAUGAGAAUGCAAGCCCCGUUAAGGCGGUGGGAGCAGUGCGAUCUCUGACACCCACCAGCUCCCCCCUGUCCUCGCCUAGCAAGCAUGGUGAUCGCUUCAUUCCCUCCCGGGCUGGAGCCAACUGGAGUGUCAACUUCCAUCGCAUUAAUGAAAUUGAAAAGUCACACAAUCAAAACAGGAAAACCAAAGAUGGCACUACUGACAGCAACAAAGCGGAUGGUCUGGCUUACUCAGCUUUGCUGAAGAAUGAGCUGCUGGGAGCAGGAAUUGAGAAAGUCCAGGACCCCCAGUCAGAGGACCGCCGUUUGCAGCCAUCUACACCUGCAAAGAGGAGCCUUUUUAGUUAUUCUGUUAGUACUAAGAGGGCUCUGCCAGAAGAAGAUGGAAACACAGUUUCUCCAUAUUCUUUGUCACCUGUCAGUAGCAACAGCCAGAAAUUGUUACGUUCUCCAAGAAAACCUACACGCAAGAUUUCCAAAAUUCCUUUUAAAGUUCUGGAUGCUCCAGAGCUUCAAGAUGACUUUUACCUCAACCUGGUGGACUGGUCCUCUCUGAAUGUACUCAGUGUUGGACUGGGUACCUGUGUUUACCUGUGGAGUGCCUGUACCAGCCAGGUGACACGGCUUUGUGACCUCUCUGUAGAGGGAGACUCUGUGACAUCAGUGGGAUGGUCAGAGAGGGGUAACCUGGUAGCGGUAGGUACUCAUAAAGGCUAUGUCCAGAUCUGGGAUGCUGCAGCAGGAAAGAAGCUCUCUGUACUAGAGGGACACACGGCCAGAGUGGGUGCAUUAGCAUGGAACGCAGACCAGUUGUCGUCUGGGAGCCGUGAUCGUGUGAUCCUGCAGCGGGACAUCAGAGCUCCCCCUCUCCAGUCAGAACGCCGUCUUCAAGGGCACAGACAGGAAGUCUGUGGGCUCAAAUGGAGCACAGACCACCAGUUGCUGGCCUCAGGUGGAAAUGAUAAUAAGCUACUUGUGUGGAACCACUCGAGCGUCCUGCCCGUUCAGCAGUACACAGAGCACUUGGCAGCGGUGAAGGCGAUUGCCUGGUCGCCUCAUCAGCACGGCCUGUUGGCCUCUGGAGGUGGCACAGCCGACCGCUGCAUCCGUUUCUGGAACACUCUGACAGGCCAGCCCCUGCAGUGCACCGACACCGGCUCUCAAGUCUGCAACCUGGCCUGGUCCAAGCACACUAAUGAGCUGGUCAGCACACAUGGUUAUUCCCAGAAUCAGAUCCUGGUGUGGAAGUAUCCCUCUCUAACUCAAGUGGCAAAACUCACAGGACAUUCUUACAGAGUGCUCUACCUGGCCAUGUCACCUGAUGGAGAAGCCAUUGUGACCGGGGCUGGAGAUGAAACGCUUAGGUUUUGGAAUGUUUUCAGUAAAAUGAGAUCCACUAAGGAAUCUGUCUCAGUGUUAAACCUAUUCACCAGGAUCCGGUAGUCUGAAACGGAGGGAACAAAGAAAGGAAGGGAAUCUUCAGAGAGCCCCCUCAACUGCCCUUAGUUUUAUUUAGCCAGGUUGUAGCUGAAGGUGGCAGGAGGUGAAGAGAUGCACGGCCUGACUGUCGAGGGCUGAAGAGAUGCUCACAGCUCACACAGUAAAACUCUUCCUCCUGAACGAUGGAGUCACUGCCUCCUCCAACAGACCUGUGAUCACAAAUGAUUGGAAGUUUCAGGGCUGUUUGUUUUGUUUACAAAGUGAAAUUGUGCAUACCUGCCAAAAUUGAGUUUGUCCUUUUGAUUGUCUAUUUAUUUUUUUGCUCUUCUUUUUUUUUUAAACAUAUUCUUCCAAGUGUGUUUGUGUGAAUGGCUGGUAGUUUUACUUUCAUGUCCAUAACUGCAGUUUUCAGAUUAAUCUCUGGAGUAACUUUUGUUCAAGGUCAUGGACAAAGAUUAAUUUCUUUUUUUUGUUGCUGUUUUCUUUAAAGGAAAUAAUAUCUUGUGGACACUGGAUUCCAUGAAAAGAGCCUGAUCUCCUUUUUUUUAAAAAAAAUCAAACAAUUUUAUUUUAGUCCAAUGAAUGAACACAUUAUUGUUUCAAAGUCUCAAGAUAAAGAAGAAAACGACUUUUUGUAUAUCAGAAUAAGUUUCUGAAAUAAGUCACAUUUUUUGUGACUUAUGUGGAAGUUGUUCACUUACCUUUUUUUUCCAUCUCUGUCAAUUGCAAAAUCAGGCUAAAAAAAUAAAUCAGAACUGUUUGGCCACAUCAGUGGAGUUUGUAACCACAACUUGAGCGUGUAGUAAGAAAACGUGAUUAAACCAGACAGUGAAACA